CACACUGUGUGCCUCACACGGGCCACCGAAUAAACCUCCUGAAACAGUUCUCUGGUCCGCGGCUCUGCUCCGCGCGGGAAACUGCCGCGGCCUCCCAGGCAGCAGUGGCCAUUCGGCCUCGGCCUGGAAACCCCGGAGGAGGAGGAGGAGGAGGGGAGCAGCCACAACAUGAGGGAGACCGUUCCAGCGGCCAGCAGCUCCUGCAGUUAGAGAAUGUUUCCGAGUGUCAAGCGUCAAUCAGUUUUGCCCUGGGCUGCACUGCCACUAGUCCUGCUCUCAGGAGCCACAACGGAGAACAAGCCCGCUCCUCCUCUGAGGCAACGCUUCAGAGAUAAGGAAACCUCUAAGAAAUAAGUCCCAAAAAGCAUGCCAAACCUACUGAAGGUGCCAAGAAGAUUUGCAUAGUGAAAUUUUGUGAGAGGAAACAGUGCAAUUUUUUAUUUUUUGCAAAGGGGAUGGUGGAGUUGCACAGGAAAUUUUUCUAGAAACCCACAUCUCUGCAUAUUUCUCUUCACGUCCCUUCUCAAACAUGCCCCCUAUUUCUCUCCUAAUCCCCUCCCCUAGUUAACGCCUCUUUUCGUUCCCUUCUGUGAGCCGCCUUUGCACCUCACCAGAAGAGUGGAAACAUUUGUGUUGCUCAGUUACCAUUUGAACGUUGUCAGGGUUAAGUGGGAGCCAUACCACUAAAUUCAGAAAUUCACUCCAAAUGUCUGGAGACCUUUCAGUGUUCCUCCACUUACUGUGCCCAUUUCUGGAGGAGUCUGUGGGAAAGACAUUAGUUAGGAAACCAUUCUGGAUGUUUUAGUGCUAUGUGUAGUCAUACUUCUGUGUCGAGCACUGUUAGCAGAAACAAUUCUGAGUCCAAGAGCUUGUCAUUCUUCAUGACCUUGGACUACUUUUUGUCUGACAUGCCUUCUUGGGUGUGCUGCCUGUUGAUUGUCAUGCAGCAAGUUCGGAAUGUCCUGUUUUCAUCCUAGUUGAACACAAUCCUUUGUUAAUCUUGCAUCUGCUGCCUGAGCCAAAUGGCUUCCCAUUUACAAGGGCCUCGGUUUCCACCUGGGGCUGCUCGUAGUGGCUCAGGUGAGCUGCUUCUGCCUGCCCUUUGUUUCUGAUAACCUGCUCCACUGGGUCUUACUUUAGAGAACAAGCCUGAGCUUGCCUGGUCUUUUUCCAGCUCACAGUGGUGUCCUGGGGCUCAUUCAGGACAGAGCCAGGGCUGUUGCUAGGGCUCUCCAGUGUUGGUGUUGACACAUUGUAGGCACCUCUGCCAAACUUGAUCCCUGGACUACUAAUUUGGGAGCUGUGGCCGCCGCCUUCUGGCUUGUGCUUUGCACCCUUGGUUGCACCCUGUGGAUGUACAUCGGUUCUUGUGGGUCCUCAUGAUUUUUAUGUGGAGACCACCCCUCCAGAUUGAUUAUCCAAUCAAAAUUGGCCCUGCAUGACUGCUUAAAAACCAUAGGUCAGGUGAUUCAUGGCCCUGCUGUGGCACCCACAGCUAGAUUUGGGGCAAUGCAGUGUAAAGUAGGGAAGCUGAUGUGCAAAAAUCACAGGAGGACAACCAUAAUGGUUUUGAAGAGGCCAGUCAAAGAGUGGGUAUUACAUUUUUAAAUAAAUAUUGUAGGAUCUCGGUCCCCCAAUGUCUUCAAAAUACAACAGUGACCUGACCUGCUGGAUCAUAUCAGGGAUUGUAGUGCCUGGAUAGUGAGAAGUUUGCAUUACAGUGCCGUAGUCACCUGUGCCACACGUGACCACUGCAUUGUGAUACAAACUUCUCACUGCAAUAUAGUGUGGUGUCACUGAAAUACCAGAGCAUACAUGGGAUCCAUGUGGCUCAUCCUGAAAAGAUAAUCCUGCUGGAUGUAUGGUGGGAUUAUAGGGAGGGUUUGGAGUCUGCUGGUAGUAAUUAUGUGGAUCUGUUGGGAUGCAUGCAACAGGAAUGAGUUUGCACCUCUGCAUGGCUGCAAGGCGCUGGAUCCCUCCUCCUGUGGGAGUGAACAACCAGAGAGGUGAAAAACUGUAUGUCUCAUCAGAGGAUUUCAGAGUUCUGUUUGCAAAAGGAAGAGGAAGGCUGAGGAACUGUGCCUGCAGUCCAGGUUUUUCACCAUCGCAGCAGGAUGAAACAGGUGCCUACUUGAUAGACAGAGAUCCGACCUACUUUGGGCCUGUGCUGAAUUAUCUCCGACAUGGAAAACUGGUUCUCAAUAAAGACCUUGCUGAGGAAGGUGUGCUCGAAGAAGCUGAAUUCUACAACAUCACAUCCUUAAUAAAACUGGUAAAGGACAGAAUUAGGGAAAGAGAGAGCAAAAUCUCCCAGGUGCCCGUCAAGCACGUCUACAGGGUGCUGCAGUGCCAGGAGGAGGAGCUGACUCAGAUGGUCUCCACCAUGUCUGAUGGCUGGAAGUUUGAGCAGUUAGUCAGCAUUGGAUCUUCCUAUAACUACGGGAAUGAAGACCAGGCUGAGUUUCUGUGUGUCGUCUCCAAGGAGCUGCACAACACCCCGUAUGGCACGGCCAGCGAACCCAGCGAGAAAGCCAAGAUUCUGGCUGGCAUCUUUGAAUGGCAGCAGUGUCUGAGCAGGGAGUGGCCUCCCCACAGCAGUCAGUUGUGUCCGUCCACCACCACUUCCUCCUUGUGCAGGAGAGCAGGAAGCAGUUUGUGAGGAGGGUGUUCUUGGGUAUUCAGACUUUUAUCCUUUGAAUGGCUCAGCAGUGCAGCCUCCGUUGUAUGGACAACUCCCUUAACGGACUUCCCGACACCGUGGCUGGUGCUCAACAGUCAAGGAGUCAAGCGUUGGGCAUGGAUUGCAUGCCAUCCCCCCACCCCGAGAAGCUGGUGGUGACAUUUGGACACCUUCUCAAAAUCUGCUGCUGUCUGAAAGAAGCUGGGAAAUGGUGUGCCAGGCAGCACAAAUGCCAGGAUAUGAUCUUGGUGUCAUUUGAGGCCCUGCUUUCCCUUUAUCUCUGGCUAGGUAGAGAGGCUUCAGGAAGCAGAUGGGCAUACUUUUAAAAGAUGCAUUCAAAGUCUGCACUGUAUCCUGACAGACUUCACGAUGCCCAGAAGGAUCUAACCAUCAAGAUCUUGAUGAAGAUUCUUGCAGAGAUGCUUGAAUUCUUAACUUUUUUUUUUAAGCAUAGCACGCCAGUUGCAUUGAAGAGGGGACCACUGGAAGGCAAGGUCUGGUGGGAGAGGAGGUGGCGCUUCUGGAGCGCGUGGGCUCUGCACUCUGAGGAGAAGUGCCAAGGCUAGUGGCCAUUGUGCAGAAGGGGCGACUGUCAGAGAGAUGGGCCUAGGGAGGGCAUAUCGAGCAGGGCCAGCUGCACAGUGGAUGUUCAGGAGAGCCUCGGCCCUAACCCUAACCCACAGGAGCUGGCAAGCAGGAUGAUCCUUUAGCCCCACCUGGAGAGGAGCAGAUUUAAUGCCUGGCAUGCAGGGAAAGUGGUGGGUUUUCAGCUGUGUGGAGACUUAGCAGGGGGAGGAGAAGCUCUGGGAAGGAUGGGUGCACAAAGGCAGUCAGUAGGCUGCAGGGUAAAGGGUGUGUGUGUGUGUGUGAUUGUGUGUGUGUGUAUCUAUACGUUCCUAAUUCCUUUUUUGUUUUUGACUGCAACUACAUCAAUGAACAUGCCUAGUUUUUAAAUAUUUGCAAUUAUGGAAACAGAAAACAUUUAUUCAGAGUCAGCGUAAAAUUACUCCGGCUUCAACCCAGUAUUAAAGGUUAACUUGAUUAUCAAGAAAUAGUCAGUUAGUGGGAGCUGGGCAAAUGAAGGCUGGAGAACGAGAGUGCAGAGGCAGCACUUUUGGCAGAGGCAUUCCAGAGGGCAAAAUAAUGGUUUUCUCAUCCCACAUGUAACAAACAUUCUUUCUCUUGGGGAAACCCAAUUGUGUGUAUUUGGGAGGAUGUUAGAUUGCCAGUGUUUCAAAGUUGUCACCAGGAAGAUGGACAAAUGUGCUUGCAUUGCAUCUUCUAGACCCCAAAUUAUAGCAAGUCCUAUAAAGGCCAGUGGAAUGGCAGAUCCUCUUCCAGGAUGAAAAAGCUUCUUGCCAGAAGGAGGCUGGUCUGUCUUCCUGCAAGGCCCCUGAAACGUGUGGGGGGGUCCUGACCUGCCAGCAGGGACUGUCCUCUGCUGAGUUCUUGCCGCACCUUCCGUUGGCGACAAACCACCUGCUUGGGCAACUUUGAAGGGCUGUUUUGACAGUGCUGCUGCUAAGCUGGCUGGCUUAGCUGCUUGAUGUCUCGGUCUGAGACUCCCUCCCCUGAGACUCCUCUCCACGGAUGUGUGCCCCCCACCCCACCCCGCUGGCCCUUCCAGGGAUGGCUACCCACUGUUAAGAGGCUGGUGUCGAUGUGGUGCUUCUGGCUGACGCUUGUAGCCCUUCCCUGCCAAGCCAGGUCAGGAGGGGGCCCUUCGGCUCCUAGGACCCCAUGGCCCCUCCCUGUGCAGGCUAGGCCAGGCACCCCCAAGUGGCUCGCUGGCUGCUCCAGGGCCUCUGGCAGAAGCAUUUGAGCUGGCUUUGGCUUUACUCAACUUGCAUUCUCUUCUUUUCCCUUCCCUCUCUUUACACUUGCUG